AUGUUUGUGCAGUUUAUUCCUCAUAUGUGGAAACUGAAGCAACCCUUAUUUGAGCAAUUCGCUGUACUGUUAUCAGUUGGAAUAGUGUGGGCAUUUGCAGCCCUUCUCACAGUAGCAGGUGCAUACCAGAACAGACCCCUGCAGACUCAGUUCAGUUGCCGAGUUGAUCGCUCAGGGCUCGUUAGUGGAGCUUCAUGGAUAAGAUUUCCUUACACAUUGCAAUGGGGUACUCCGAAUGUUGAUGCUGGAGAAGUCUUUCUGAUGUUGGCUGCAGCUUUUGUUUCUCUCAUUGAGUCUACUGGAGGAUUUAUUGCUGCUACAAGAUAUGGAAGUGCAACAUAUUGCCCAGCUUCAUUUCUGAGUCGUAGUGCUGGCUGGAUGGGAUUAAGUAUGUUGCUCCAUGGUUUAUGGGGAACCGACAGUGGAGCUACUGUAUCAGUGUAA